GUCGCUGCGUGAAAUUUAAAGAAAAUUCGUUAAAAAUCAAUAGUUAAACUUGAAAAUUUAUUGUAAAACCUUAAACAAAUACCAAAUUUUGAACACGAACAAACUUUGGCAAGAGACAAACAAAUUCGAUGAGCAAAGCAACUGCCGCAGUAUUAAAUUAAAUUAAAGCCACUUUACAAGCAAACGAAACGAUUAAAUAUAUAAUUUCAUAACAAUUUGAAAAGCAAUUAACGAACAUGGAGAAUUUUACACCCAAGGAGGUGAAAAUCCUCGAGACUGUUGAGGAUAUUCAGGAGCGACGUGAGCAAGUGCUGACUCGCUAUAAUGAGUUUAAAAUUGAGACACGCCAGAAGCGCGAGAAGCUUGAGGAUUCGCGUCGUUUCCAGUACUUCAAGCGUGACGCCGAUGAGCUGGAGUCGUGGAUAUACGAGAAGCUACAGGCGGCCAGCGAGGAAAGCUAUCGCGAUCCCACCAAUUUGCAGGCCAAGAUUCAAAAACAUCAGGCUUUCGAGGCCGAAGUCUCAGCGCAUAGCAAUGCCAUCGUAUCGCUGGACAAUGCCGGCCAGGAGAUGAUCAACCAGCAGCACUUUGCCUCGGAGACCAUACAGCAUCGCCUGGAUGAGCUGCAUCGGCUGUGGGAGCUGCUGUUGAGCCGUCUGGCCGAGAAGGGUUUAAAGCUGCAGCAGGCGCUAGUGUUGGUGCAAUUCCUUCGCCAAUGCGAGGAGGUCAUGUUCUGGAUCAAGGAUAAGGAGACUUUUGUCACUGCCGAAGAGUUUGGUCAGGAUCUGGAGCAUGUGGAGGUGCUGCAGCGCAAAUUCGAUGAGUUCCAAAAGGACAUGGCCUCGCAGGAGUAUCGCGUCACGGAGGUCAAUCAGCUGGCCGACAAGUUGAUACAGGAUGGCCAUCCAGAGCGCGACACCAUUACCAAGCGCAAGGAGGAGCUCAACGAGGCCUGGCAGCGUCUCAAGCAGCUGGCCAUUGUGCGCCAAGAGAAACUCUUUGGCGCGCAUGAGAUCCAGCGUUUCAAUCGCGAUGCCGACGAAACUGUUGCCUGGAUAGCUGAGAAGGAUGUGGUGCUGUCUUCGGAUGACUAUGGCCGUGACCUGGCCAGCGUGCAGGCGCUGCAGCGCAAGCACGAAGGCGUCGAACGUGACUUGGCCGCCUUGGAGGAUAAAGUGUCCACGCUGAGCGCAGAGGCACAACGUCUCUGCUCCAUACAUGCGGACCACAGCGAUCAGAUUCGGGACAAGCAGGCAGAGAUUGCCAACUACUGGCAGAGUCUAACCGCCAAGGCCCGCGAGCGCAAGCAGAAGCUGGACGAGUCGUACUAUCUGCAUCGCUUCCUGGCUGAUUUCCGUGAUCUGGUCUCCUGGAUCAAUGGCAUGAAGGCCAUCAUCUCCGCCGACGAGCUUGCUAAGGAUGUGGCUGGUGCUGAGGCCUUGCUGGAACGCCACCAGGAGCACAAGGGCGAAAUUGAUGCGCGUGAGGAUAGCUUCAAGCUGACCACCGAAUCGGGUCAGAAGCUGCUCGAGCGUGAACAUUACGCAGCUGCUGAGAUUCAGGAAAAGCUGGCCGCCUUGGAGAAUGACAAGAGCUCGCUGCUGUCGCUGUGGGAGGAUCGUCGCAUUCUCUACGAGCAGUGCAUGGACUUGCAGCUGUUUUAUCGUGACACAGAGCAGGCUGACACCUGGAUGGCCAAGCAGGAAGCUUUCUUGGCCAACGAAGAUCUGGGCGAUUCGCUAGACUCUGUGGAGGCGCUCAUCAAGAAGCACGAGGACUUUGAAAAGAGUUUGGCUGCACAGGAGGAGAAAAUCAAGGCGCUGGACAUCUUUGCCACCAAACUCAUUGAUGGCCAGCACUAUGCAGCUGAUGAUGUGGCACAGCGUCGCCAGAUGCUGCUCGCCCGUCGCGCUGCGCUGCAGGAGAAGUCCGCACGCCGUCGCCAGUUGCUGGAGGACUCCAACCGCUAUCAGCAAUUCGAGCGUGACUGCGAUGAGACCAAGGGCUGGAUUAGCGAGAAGCUGAAGUUUGCUACUGAUGACAGCUAUCUGGAUCCCACCAAUCUCAAUGGCAAAAUGCAGAAGCAUCAAAACUUCGAGCACGAGCUGAAUGCCAACAAGUCGCGCAUUGAGGACAUAACCAAUGUGGGCACGGAGCUCAUUGAGAAGAAGCAUUAUGCCGCGGAUCAGAUCAACACGCGCAUGCAGGAAAUUGUGGUGCUCUGGGAAACCUUAGCUCAAGCUUCGGAUAAGAAGGGUUGCAAGCUGAAUGAAGCCUGCCAGCAACAACAGUUCAAUCGCACCAUCGAGGACAUUGAGCUUUGGCUGAGCGAGAUUGAGGGUCAGCUGUUGUCCGAAGAUCAUGGCAAGGAUCUAACCUCUGUGCAGAAUUUGCAGAAGAAGCAUGCACUGCUAGAGGCCGAUGUCAUGGCUCAUCAGGAUCGCAUUGAGAGCAUCAAUGUGGCAGCCAACAAGUUCAUUGAAUCGGGACACUUUGACGCGGAUAACAUUCGCAACAAGGAGGGUAACCUUUCGGCACGCUAUGCUGCUCUUGCAGCGCCCAUGUCUGAGCGCAAACAGCAUUUGCUGGACUCGCUUCAAGUGCAGCAGCUGUUCCGUGAUCUGGAGGAUGAGGCAGCUUGGAUACGCGAAAAGGAACCUAUUGCCGCUUCAACAAACCGAGGUCGCGAUCUUAUUGGCGUGCAGAAUCUGAUUAAAAAGCAUCAGGCCGUGCUGGCCGAGAUCAACAAUCAUGAGGCGCGUCUCUUAAAUGUCAUUGCUUCGGGUGAGAACAUGCUGAAGGACCAGCCGUUUGCCAGCGAUGAUAUUCGUCAGCGCUUGGAGGCCUUGCAGGAGCAGUGGAAUAACCUGAAGGACAGGUCCAACCAGCGCAAACAGGAUUUGGAUGAUUCACUGCAGGCGCAUCAGUACUUUGCUGAUGCCAACGAAGCCGAGUCCUGGAUGCGGGAAAAGGAGCCCAUUGCUACAGGCAACGACUAUGGCAAGGACGAGGACUCUUCGGAGGCAUUGCUCAAAAAGCACGAGGCACUGGUUUCCGAUCUGGAGGCCUUUGGCAAUACCAUACAGGCGCUGCAGGAGCAGGCAAAGAACUGCCGCCAGCAGGAGACGCCUGUGGUGGACAUCACCGGCAAAGAGUGCGUUGUGGCGCUUUAUGACUACACCGAGAAAUCGCCACGUGAGGUGUCCAUGAAGAAGGGCGAUGUGCUCACGCUGCUCAACUCCAACAACAAGGACUGGUGGAAGGUCGAGGUCAACGAUCGCCAAGGCUUUGUGCCCGCUGCCUACAUCAAGAAAAUUGAAGCUGGUCUAAGCGCCUCGCAGCAGAAUCUCGUGGACAACCAUUCUAUUGCCAAGCGUCAGAACCAGAUCAACUCGCAGUAUGAUAAUCUGUUGGCCUUGGCACGUGAGCGUCAGAACAAGCUCAAUGAGACCACCAAGGCGUAUGUGCUGGUGCGCGAAGCUGCUGAUUUGGCUCAGUGGAUACGCGACAAGGAGAACCAUGCUCAGAUUGCUGAUGUAGUGGGUGAGGACCUGGAGGAGGUUGAAGUGCUGCAAAAGAAGUUUGAUGACUUCAACGAUGACCUCAAAGCAAAUGAGGUGCGUUUGGCUAACAUGAACGAGAUUGCCGUGCAGCUGACCUCGCUGGGACAAACCGAAGCCGCUCUUAAGAUUCAAACCCAAAUGCAGGAUCUGAAUGAGAAGUGGAACAAUUUGCAAACCUUGACAGCGGAGAAGGCAAGCCAGCUGGGUUCGGCGCAUGAGGUGCAGCGUUUCCAUCGCGACAUUGAUGAGACCAAGGAUUGGAUUGCCGAGAAGGCUAAUGCCCUGAACAACGAUGAUCUGGGCAAGGAUUUGCGCAGCGUGCAGACGCUGCAGCGUAAACACGAGGGUGUGGAACGUGACUUGGCAGCGCUGCGCGACAAGAUUCGUCAACUGGACGAGACCGCCAAUCGUCUCAUGCAAUCGCAUCCAGAUACCGCCGAGCAAACGUAUGCCAAACAGAAGGAAAUCAAUGAAAUGUGGGAUCAAAUCAUAACCAAGUCCACAGCACGCAAAGAGAAGCUGCUGGACUCGUAUGAUCUGCAGCGUUUCCUCAGCGACUAUCGGGAUCUGCUUGCUUGGAUUAACUCCAUGAUGAGUCUGGUUACCUCCGAUGAGCUGGCCAAUGAUGUCACUGGCGCCGAGGCGCUCAUCGAACGUCAUCAGGAACAUCGCACUGAGAUUGAUGCGCGUGCUGGCACAUUCGGAGCUUUUGAGCAAUUUGGCAAUGAGCUGUUGCAGGCUAAUCAUUAUGCCUCUCCUGAGAUCAAGGAGAAGAUUGAGGAUUUGGGCAAGGCACGUGAAGAUUUGGAGAAGGCCUGGACCGAGCGUCGUCUGCAGCUGGAGCAGAAUCUCGAUUUGCAGCUGUACAUGCGCGACUGCGAGCUUGCCGAGUCAUGGAUGUCGGCCCGCGAGGCAUUCCUCAAUGCUGAGGAUGAUGCCAAUGCUGGCGGCAAUGUUGAGGCAUUGAUCAAGAAGCACGAGGACUUUGACAAGGCUAUCAAUGGCCAUGAGCAAAAGAUUGCAGCACUGCAAACAGUUGCAGAUCAGCUAAUUGCGCAGAAUCAUUAUGCCUCGAAUUUGGUUGAUGAUAAGCGCAAGCAGGUGCUUGAGCGCUGGCAUCAUCUGAAGGAGGGUCUGAUUGAGAAGCGUUCGCGCUUGGGUGAUGAGCAGACUUUGCAGCAAUUCUCACGCGAUGCGGAUGAGAUUGAGAACUGGAUUGCAGAGAAGCUGCAGCUGGCCACGGAGGAGAGCUACAAGGAUCCGGCGAAUAUACAGUCGAAGCAUCAAAAGCAUCAAGCCUUUGAGGCAGAGUUGGCGGCCAAUGCAGAUCGCAUACAGAGUGUGCUGGCGAUGGGCGGUAAUUUGAUUGACAAGAAGCAAUGCAGUGGCUCGGAGGAUGCGGUGCAGAAGCGUCUGACGCAGAUUGCUGAUCAGUGGGAAUACCUUACUCAUAAGACGACUGAAAAGUCGCUGAAGUUGAAGGAGGCCAAUAAGCAGCGUACUUAUAUCGCUGCUGUCAAGGAUUUGGAUUUCUGGUUGGGCGAGGUCGAGAGUCUGUUGACCACUGAGGAUUCUGGUAAGGAUUUGGCUUCUGUCCAAAACCUCAUGAAGAAGCAUCAGUUGGUCGAGGCGGAUAUCGUGGCACACGAAGACCGCAUCAAGGACAUGAACAACCAGGCCGAUUCCUUGGUCGAGAGCGGUCAGUUCGACACUGCUGGCAUCCAGGAGAAGCGCCAGAGCAUUAACGAGCGCUACGAGCGCAUCUGCAAUCUGGCUGCCCAUCGUCAAGCUCGCCUCAACGAGGCACUCACGUUGCAUCAAUUCUUCCGCGACAUUGCCGACGAGGAGAGCUGGAUCAAGGAGAAGAAACUGCUUGUUGGCUCCGAUGACUACGGGCGCGAUUUGACUGGCGUGCAGAACCUCAAGAAGAAGCACAAGCGCCUUGAGGCAGAGUUGGGUUCACAUGAGCCUGCUAUCCAAGCCGUUCAGGAGGCUGGCGAGAAACUUAUGGACGUGUCCAAUCUAGGCGUGCCCGAAAUUGAGCAGCGUCUGAAGGCCUUAAACCAGGCCUGGUCCGAGCUUAAGAACUUGGCUGCCACUCGUGGUCAAAAGCUGGAUGAAUCGCUCACCUAUCAGCAAUUCCUUGCCCAGGUGGAGGAAGAGGAGGCCUGGAUAACCGAGAAGCAGCAGUUGCUUUCGGUGGAGGACUAUGGUGACUCCAUGGCCGCCGUGCAGGGUCUGCUGAAGAAGCACGACGCCUUUGAGACGGACUUUGCGGCGCACAAGGAUCGCUGCUCGCUGAUUUGUGAGCAAGGCAGCGAACUGGUUGAGGCCAAGAAUCAUCAUGGUGACUCGAUUGCACAGCGCUGCCAGCAGCUGCGCAACAAGUUGGAGAACUUGAACUCUUUGGCGGCUCGCCGCAAGGGCGCCUUGUUGGACAACUCGGCUUACUUGCAGUUCAUGUGGAAGGCCGAUGUGGUGGAGAGCUGGAUUGAUGACAAGGAGAACUAUGUGCGCUCCGAUGAAUUUGGACGGGACUUGUCCACUGUGCAAACGCUACUCACUAAGCAGGAGACAUUCGAUGCAGGUCUCAAUGCCUUUGAACAGGAGGGCAUCCACAACAUAAGCGCACUCAAGGAUCAGCUUAUCAAUGCCAAUCAUGCCCAGUCACCUGCCAUUCUGAAGCGUCAUGGAGAUGUCAUUGCACGCUGGCAGAAGCUGCGUGAUGCGUCGGAUACACGCAAGCAGCGCUUGCUGGCCAUGCAGGAGCAAUUCCGCCAAAUCGAGGAACUCUACUUGACAUUUGCCAAGAAAGCUUCGGCCUUCAAUUCUUGGUUCGAAAAUGCCGAAGAGGAUCUAACAGAUCCUGUUCGCUGCAAUUCGAUCGAAGAAAUACGCGCACUGCGCGAUGCGCACGCCCAAUUCCAAGCGUCUCUGUCGUCGGCCGAAGCUGACUUUAAGGCAUUGGCAGCACUCGACCAGAAGAUCAAGAGCUUUAAUGUUGGACCCAAUCCAUACACAUGGUUCACCAUGGAAGCUCUUGAGGAGACCUGGCGUAAUCUGCAAAAGAUCAUAGAGGAACGCGAUGGCGAACUUGCCAAGGAGGCCAAGCGCCAGGAGGAGAACGACAAGCUGCGCAAGGAGUUCGCCAAGCACGCCAACCUCUUCCAUCAAUGGCUUACCGAAACGAGAUAUUAUAUGCUGGGUUAUAACCGUCAAGGAACAUCGAUGAUGGAAGGCUCUGGUUCGUUGGAGCAGCAACUGGAAGCACUUCGCGUCAAGGCCACGGAGGUGCGUGCGCGUCGUGUGGACCUUAAGAAGAUUGAGGAACUGGGCGCUUUAUUGGAAGAGCAUUUGAUUCUGGACAAUCGCUAUACGGAACACUCGACAGUUGGUCUGGCACAGCAAUGGGAUCAGCUGGAUCAGCUAUCGAUGCGCAUGCAACACAAUUUGGAGCAACAGAUACAGGCACGCAAUCAUUCGGGCGUCUCGGAGGAUUCGCUCAAGGAAUUCUCCAUGAUGUUCAAGCAUUUCGACAAGGACAAGAGUGGCAAACUGAACCAUCAAGAAUUCAAAUCUUGUCUGCGCGCGCUUGGCUAUGAUCUGCCCAUGGUUGAGGAGGGUCAGCCAGACCCAGAAUUUGAGGCCAUAGUGGAUGUGGUCGACCCCAACCGCGAUGGCCACGUUUCACUGCAGGAGUACAUUGCAUUCAUGAUUUCCAAGGAAACCGAGAAUGUACAAUCCUACGAAGAAAUCGAGAAUGCCUUCCGCGCCAUCACUGCCGCUGACCGCCCCUACGUUACCAAGGAAGAGCUCUACUGCAAUCUUACAAAGGACAUGGCGGACUACUGUGUGCAGCGUAUGAAACCUUUCUCGGAACCGCGUUCAGGCCAGCCCAUUAAAGAUGCUUUAGACUACAUCGACUUUACGCGAACACUUUUCCAGAAUUAAUUUCACUAUUGAUUCAGUGGCGCCUGAGCUGAAUGUCUUACAAUAUAUUUCUUAAAACACAAAAAAAAAAUAUUACAAAAAAAAUAUAUAUUUACACGAUUAUUUUCAAUAAUUUUUAGUAUUUAAGUGAAACAGUUUUAUGCUUAUUUAAAAUCGAACUAAAUAUUUGCCACAAUGAACCCAAAACACUAAAGCACUUAUAUACGAUACAUAUAUACUAUAUUUAUCAGCAAUUAAUUUGAAGUCUUUGCAUUUAUUUCUCUAGCCAUCCAUCAGUUAAAGUAUCUUAAAUUUUGGCAUGACGUCAGGCAGUCAAUAAACUACACUAAUCACAUAUAUAUUUAAACGAAUUAAUGUGUGUCUAUAUAAUGCAAGUCAAGUAUAAUCGCCAGAUACUUAAAAGUGCUUUGGCUUUGCUUCCAAUUAUAAAAGUUUUCAAUGCCUUUUAAUUGUUAAACAUUUUGUAAUAUCAAUAUGAACAAAAUUUAAGAUACAAUAUAACCCAAACACCAAUCCUAUUAGCCCAAGCCAGUUUAUACAGCAAGUAGUUCAAAUCUAUUAAGCUUCAAAUUUUAUAACAAGCUACAAAAUAUUUGCCUAUAUAUGUGUUUUACACUUAAAUAAU